CUGCAGGCAAAGAUCUGUUCAACAUUGUAAAUAUGGAAACAUCUUCAGACAAGGUUAACUGAAUUUCCCUCAAUGGAUAAAGAAUUAGAAUAUGUUUCACGCUUUUGAAAGUGUCUGACCAGCUGGGAAACAUGGCUGCCAAACCACAACCCCCUCUGGUGAAGAAGCACAGUCAAACCGACCUGGUGAGCCGGCUAAAGACCAGGAAAAUUCUUGGCGUUGGCGGAAAGGAUGAUGAUGGAGAGAUUCACCGGUCAAAGAUUAGUCAAGUGCUGGGAAAUGAAAUGAAAUUCACCAUGCGAGAGCCUUUGGGUCUCAGGAUAUGGCAAGUGGUGUCAGCCAUCAUGUUCAGUGUUGUUGGCGUAACGGCUCUCAUCUUUCCCAAACGUCUAUAUGAAACUGUCUUUGAUGAAGAUGGGUCCAGCACCAUAAUGGCAGUGAGACUGUAUGGCGGGGCCCUUCUCAGCAUUUCCUUGAUCAUGUGGCACGCAUUAUACAUGGCCGAGAAGUUGAUCGUGCGGUGGACGCUCCUCACUGAGACCUUUUAUUUCUCAGUGCAGUUUAUAGUUACAUCCGCCCUGUUGUUUGAAAAGGGAGCUCUACCCCAGGGAGCGAGCCUGCUGCAGUUCAGCCGAGCUCUCUUCAUCCUCAUCAGUAUCUAUUUCUAUUACCAAGUUGGUCGAAAGCCCCGGAAGAUGUGAGGAGUGCGCCUCGCCAGGCUGUUCCAUGUGAUGGGAUUGAGCUGAUCAAUGGAUGGCUGCAAGGCAUGCGACUGGGAACGAGUGACUCUCCUCCUGAAGUGUAUUUCGUAACCUGCAUUCCAUGUUUCUCGGUCGAACUUUAGCCUUUCCAGGUGUGUUGUAUUUUGAAGAUUAUGUUGUAUCCUGUCCCUGUGCAUGUGCAGCAGCAGCAUCACAAUAUUGGAUUUGUUACCUCAAGAAUAAUCAAUAAAUAAGUUUCCGUGA